CAGCUGAAUUCUUACUAUUAGGGUUAUUAUGGUGAGCAACAACCGAAUCGAUCCCUAUUUUCUGAAAAAAUUAAGAUUAUUAAACCGAUAAAAUGCCGAAAAAGAAAUGUACCGUACCGAACUGAAUGGUCGGUCCGGUAUUUGGGGCCGGAGCAACGUUCCCACCACCAGCCACGUCGGCGGCGAGGAGAUCGCUCCGGGCAGCGGCAAUGGCACAGGUGGCAUCGCUUCGACUCCGGACGCGGUCCAGGCGCUGUUCGGGUUGGGGGUGACCACGGAGCAGCUCCAGACGGCCAUUGCGGCACUUUCCGCCAUGGGUGGGAACGUGCCCGGCGCCGGGCCUGGCAAAGCUCCGCUCGGUCACCACACCGAGCACGCUGCCACUUCCCAGCACAAGGGGAAGAAGACUCGGAGGAGCAGAAGGAGGCCCGACAAGGGCUCGGUGAUCGAGGAGGUGUUGGUGGAGGACGUCCAAGAAGGGGAGGACGAUGAGUCCAGUGAGUGUAGAGUCUCGGCCUUCAAACGCUUGGGAGGCGAGGAGACCCGAGUGUCGGCCUUCGACCGGCUCAACCGCGGACCGGAAGGCCGCCUAGGUGAUCUCCGCCGGCAGAUCUCCGAAGGCAGGCGGAGGAACGCUGAGGAAUCAGCGACCUCGGAUGCGCGCUCGGCGAGACCUGAGCGAACCGAAGGCCGAAGGGAUGAGCAGACUCAGCGUCACCAGAGCCCAACCAGAACCGAGAAGACAAAGGUCCCUGAACGGGGUAUGACUGAGCUUGCGCGCGAGAUUGCCGAGCUCAAACGCCGAGUAGAGACAAAAUCCCCCUACAGCCAGCCCAUCUUGCGCACGGUAACCCCGUUUACCCCGAGGGUUAUGUCAGUUCCGCUGCCGGCAAACUUCCGUCCGUGGCAGAUCAAGGCUUACAGCGGGACGACGGACCCCCAGGAUCAUUUGUCAAAGUUCUAUGCUUCGAUGGAGGCGGCGAUAGCUCCGGACGAGGUCAAGUGCAGGUGCUUCCUCGCGACGCUAGAGGGCUCCGCGUGCGAUUGGUUCAACCGGCUCCCAAAGGGAACCAUUGACGAUUGGGAUACGCUGGCGGAGAAGUUCUUGACGCAUUUUGCGGCCAACCGAAGGCAGAGGCUACCUUACUCCCACCUGCUCAACAUAUGCAUCCACAAGGGAGAAAAGGUCCGUGACUUCAUAGUCCGGUGGGAGAAGGAAACCAGAGACGUGCACGGGGCGGAUGACCAGGCGUUGGUUGCCAUGUUCCAAGCAGCCCUUCCCCGCGGAGAAGUGAGGAAGGAGCUCCGCAAGAAUCCUCCCCCCACAUACCAAGAGACCUUGGCGCACGCAAAGUUCUUAGCCUCGGAGGAGUUCGACGAUGCCCAGGAAUCCGAGGCUGCGCCGGCCAAGCGAGCUCCAGCGGACUCGGGAGAGACCGCGAAGAAGAGGAAGAAGAAGAAAGACUAUACCGCGGGCCCGAGGACGCCCUUGGCCGGGCGACUCAUCGCCCGAGGGCCGCCUCCGCGAGACGAUGCGGCUACCCCCUCCCGGGGGCCGCCGGAAGGAAGAACUUGGAUGAAGCCGACUAAGCCAGUCGCAGUGGCGACACAGGCAAGGAACCCCGAGAAGAGGCACAUCGGGCGGGAGUGCGACGAUCUGAACGAAAACGAAGCCCAAGGAUAUCCGGUAGGAUUUAUCCAUGGGGGAAACAUUGGCGGGGACUCUACCGCUCAAAGGAAAAGGUGGAAGCACAUGGCCUUUGUCGCCAAGGUCCAUCAGGCGCCGCCGCUCAAGCUCGGAAGACGAGAGCAGAUCCAGUUCACGGAGAAGGAUCUUCCGAACACGCCGAGUCCCCACCGGGAUGCCUUAGUCGUGAAGAUAGAGAUCAACGACGCCAUAGUACACCGCACCUUGGUGGAUACGGGAAGCUCAGUCAACAUAAUGUACGAGAAAACAUUCCAAGACCUCGGUUUGAACUGCAAGGACUUGAGGCCUGUGCGCACUCCUCUCUCCGGAUUCACGGGGGACCCCAAGAUCAUAUGCCACCGGUUGGCAGUCAACCCGGAGUCUAGGCCGGUGAAGCAGAAGAAGCGUUUCCUCUCGUCCGAGUGGAGGGAGUUCGUCUCCAAGGAAGAGCCGAGCCCGGCUCUUGAGACCGACGAUUGGUGGACAGUUUUCACCGACGGCUCCUCCGCCGCCAAAAACUCGGGGGGUGGAGUGGUAGUCAUCGCUCCUGAAGGCUUCAGAGCAUAUUACUCAGUCCGAUUCGGCUUCAAGGCAUCAAAUAAUGAGGCGGAGUAUGAAGCGCUCUUGUGCGGGUUACGUGUGGCAGUCGGGAUGAACGCGACAAAGCUAAGGAUAAAGUGUGAUUCGAAGUUGGUGGUUGGCCAUGUGUCGGGAGAGUUCGAAGCGAAGGACGAAAGAAUGAAAAAAUACAGAGAUACGGCUCUAGAACUACUUAAAAGCUUCACCGCGUAUAGUGUCGAGCAGAUCCCUCGGGCGGAGAACGCCGAGGCGGAUAUCUUGUCGAAGCUGAGCUCAAACACGCCCGAGCACAUCAGGCGAAUGGCGAAUGUGGAAGAGCUGUCCAAGCCAAACAUCCAUGCCUUCCCCGUGGCAAUGAUCUGUGCUCAGCCCAGAGAUUGGACGGACGACAUAGUCGCCUUCCUGAAGGAUGGCACACUCCCAAACGAGGCGGUGAAGGCCAAGUUGGUCCGGACAAGGGCACCGGGGUAUACCUUGGAAGGCGAGAAGCUAUACAAGCAAGCAUACAACGGGACGCUACUCAGAUGCCUCCGACCGGGCGAAGCGAAACAAGUCAUGGAGGAGGUGCACGCCGGAAUCUGCUCCGCCCACCAAGGAGCAUACGCGGUGUCGAGGAAGAUAACCCUUCAAGGAUUUCUCUGGCCAACAAUUGUUAAGGAUUGCGCGGAGUUUGUAAAGAAGUGUAAAGUGUGCCAAGAGUUCCAGAAGGUACCAGGGAGGCCUUCAACCAACUACACCCCCAUCAGCACAGCCAUCCCGUUCGCGCGAUGGGGGUUGGAUCUCGUGGGUGCACUCCCUAGGGGCACCGGGAACUUGAGGUACAUCAUCGUAGCCAUUGACUAUUUCACUAAGUGGGUGGAAGCAGCCCCAUUGGCAAGCAUCACCGGAGCUCAAUGCCAGAAGUUUCUCGCAAAGCAAGGGAUCAAGCACAGCUAUGCGUUGGUUGGGUACCCACAGACGAACGGACAGGUUGAGAACGCCAACCGAACGAUAGUCGACGAGCUGAAGCGGAAGUUGGAGGCCUGCGGAGGAGAGUGGGCAGAGGAGUUGCCUUACAUCCUAUGGACCUACCGGACCACGCCUAGGAGGGCAACUGGGGAAACUCCCUUCGCCUUGUGCUACGGAUUCGAGGCGAGGGCUCCUGCAGAGAUCUCCAUCGCAACUCACCAGGAGGAGGUCUUCGACCCCGAGCGUAACGAAGAAGCCCUGGCAGCCGAGCUCCACCUCGUGCACGAGAGGCGAGAAGCGGCCUUCAUACGGGCAGAAAAUUACCGAAAGAAGGUAAAGAGCUACCAUGACGGGCGCGUGCACGCACGGAGGUUCAUCGAAGGAGAGUGGGUGCUGCGCAAGAGGUAUGUAAGCCGCCCCCUAGAAGGUGGAAAAUUUGCCAAGAAUUACGAAGGCCCUUACAUCAUCAAAGAAGUGGUAGGCCCCUCAACGUUCCGCCUGUAGACGCCGAGUGGAGGGGAUGUGCCCAGGACUUGGAAUGCCGAGAACCUGGUUAAGUUUUAUCAAUAGAUUUCCAAUGUACACGGGCCCGAGGAAGGGAACCCGCAACACCAUGAUUGAAUUCAAUGAAAUGGAAUUUUUUGCAAACAAGGUCCAACAGGCGUGCUCGGUAAUCCCCU